CCACCGUAGAGAGACAGACAGACCUCUCUAGGCAGGGCACGUAAACGACGCGGCGAAAAAUAACACCAACGCCAAACGAGAGCGAUCGGAUCGCGGCAACCGCAACUCUGUGGGCGUGCUCGUCAUGGACCCUUGGGCUGACGACAGCAGCAGAGGCUUUGGUGUCGAUGACAGCAAUGUCGUCAAGCCUCGGGUGGACCCGCCUUCGCCCAUCAAUGUCAGACCAUCGGCGCUAGCGACGGCCGAUGUCGAUGAGGACCCGUGGGCAGAUACGGGCGCCUCCUCCCGUGCCUCAAAACAGCCAGCAACACGAUCCGAGGAUGCCGAGUCAGGAUCCUUCAAACCACACUCACCGUCAGACUCAACCUCGCCUCCACGGCUCGCUCGCGAGGAGGAGGGGGAGGAUUCAAGACCAGAUCCAAGUCGAUCACUGAGCAGCACAAGCAACAGCUUCGAUCCAUGGGGAGGAGGGGCAUCCGGCUUCGCUUCAGGGUCAGGUCGAGACGAGGCGGAGAAUGGUGCGGGGAUGCACAUCGUAAAGGAACCGGAAGAGGCAGGUACCAUGGUCGACCCCGACGACCCGUGGGGAUCAGGCGCAGCGGCGCGAAUGGCAAAAAUCGAGCGCGAGCAGGAGAUCAGGGACAUCGCCCAAAGGCUCGAGAGUGUCAACAGAGCCAACCAAGAGGAAACGCAGGACCAGGAAGAGGCGGAAGAAAAGGGCAGUGAAGAGCAGAAGGACGAGGCUGUCAUGGCUCCUUCGACGGGCUGGAGAAGCUUCUUCAGCAAAGCCACUAAGCCCAGUACCACUCAGCAAGAUCCGAAAAAGGUCGACGAAGGAGAGGCUGACAGCAAACCAGUAUCAGAACGAGCCGAGACGUCGGCGACAGCGGUGGAGGUUCCGUCGGUCAAGCCUGCUCCAAAGCUCUGGCAGGCCCCUUCGUUGAAGCGCAACAACCUCGGCAGCGGUUCAAAUCACGGACGAUCGACCUCUUCUCUCACUUCGCCCGCUGGCUCAACCUCGAGCCCGACGCAAGGUCCAGGUUGGGAGCAGACGACGAGUAAGAAACCGGCGGCCGGCGCCCAGGGAGGGCUCUUCAGUGGCCUCUUUAGCGGUGGUGGGGGUGGUGGUGGUGGCAUUGCUGGUUCCAGUGCUUCGCAACCCUCGGGAGGUAUGGGCUCUAUUCAAGCAGCAGACACUGGCGAUAAGCCUGCAGGAGGUUUAACGGCGGGGCUCGAGGCCAGGCUCGGUGCCAUCCGACAAAAUCUCAUGCCGCCGCCCGUCGUCAGCGCCGUGGAUCCCGAAGACCAAGAGUACGAGACAGAGGAGACGGGCUUGGAGUGGGAUGAUACCAGCAGCAAUCUUCCAAACGGCAAGGAACAGGCUGAGACGCAGCAGCAGCCUCCUUCGACAGUGGCUCGGCUCUUUGGUAGAUGGCGAAAGGCAGAAACCGAGAACACAAACAAGGGCGAGAAGUCACAGCAGGGCAUGACGGCAGACGAUUUGUCCUGGCUGGAGAGCGUAGAAACGAAUCAACUCGAAGCGAGCAAGCCUUCAGGCAUGAAUGCGGCUGAAGAGGAAGACUGGCUCAAGUUCGUCAACGAUACAGCUGCGACCACUUCCUCUUCUUCAUUCCGAGCGGGCGUGGGGACGAAAGCAUCUACACAACAAACUAUGAUGCCCCCUCCACGACUAUCUGGUCCUCCACGAGCACCGGCCAAUCGGCAGUCGCUUCUCGACUUUGACACCUUCACGCAGCAGCAGAGGCAGGGGAGCGGUUUGAAUCGUUCACAGUCGGUUUCGUCGUCAUCAAAACAGUCGUCUUUCGUCCAACAGCGGCCUGGAGCAUCGACAGGUGCACCGCAAUGGCAACAAGACCGCAUCGCCUCUGGCGGCAGCGUUGCCUCUGCUGCUACUCCAGGUUCGAUGGAUGCAUUUGGGGACUUUGAAAGGUUCGAGUCAAGUCCAUCCGUUGGGCAGCGUGGUUGGAGCGGACCAAGCGAUAGGACGACUGCUGCGCUCGAUCACAGCCUCCUGGAAGGCCGGCCCCAACCUCAAAAUAGAACGACUUCUGGCAUUGGGAUUGCAUUUGGACGAAGGCCUGGUGACCCUCCUCGCCGGCCGAAGGGAAAGUACGACUACGAUGAGGACGACGCAGAGGAGGAGGGAAAAAGCUAUGGAAACACAACAUCGGGCCAGGGGAUUUUCGGUGCAUACAGGGACGAAGACGAUCGUCAUUACGAAGAUGGAUACGACGAGCACACAGUGUUUGCUUCCUCGACCAAGCCACCACCUCUCCCGCAAAAGACGGACAUUGUCGAGGCUUCCUCGUCAAGGACAACCUCGCCUUCCCUCCCUCCCCCUCCUCGUGCAAGCCGGCCCCUUUCUGUACAAAUGAACAGAAACAUCGGCUCCGUGUCCUCGUCGAACGAGUCGAAGAAUUCUGGCUCUGCUCUUCCCCCACCUCCAGGCUGGCGAAAUGCUGGACCGCCCCCCUCGGCUCCUUCAGUCCCCACCUCUCCCCCUGCACAGCAGGCACAUAAGCUUUCAGCAAAGCUCAGUCAAGGGACAGGCCUCACCAACGAUGACCUGAGCUUCUUCGAGAACUUGUAAUUCCCUGUCUCUGGCAAAUACCAUUACCAUUACCACCGCC